UGUACUCUCUCUGUCAGUCAGGCGGUGCUCUCGGGUUGGCUGAGUCUCUUCUCCGCCGCCCAAUCCUCUUCUCUCUCUCCUCCGCGGCCGCUCAACCGCCGCCCGGUCCCAGUCCCCGGGACAGCCCGAGGCUCGGCCCCGGAUAGGCCGCCGCUUGGGCUGUGGUUGUUGUGGGGGGAGAGACGGCGGGUCCGCGGCCCUCUCGGCAUCAUGAUACUGAGCAGAGCUGAGUACAGUGACAUUGCCAAGUACCUGGAGAGGCUGAGGCCCACCAGACACUGCAUGAGACUCAUCAUGGAGAAGUUCCCCAGUCAAUCGCAGUCCACUCUGCUGAGCAUCUUCUCCCUGGAGUACCAGAAACGAAUGAAAAGGAACCAUAUGAGACAUCACACGACUGAAGCUAGUGAAACUUAUUACCAAAGGUACCUGAGUGAUGUGAUGAACAAUGCAGCUGCCCCUGUUCUCUUGGAGAUGGCCAAUGAGGUUGACCUGGCUCCUGCUCUGAUGGCAAGAAUCGUGCUUGAAAAAUUUCUGCAGGAACACGAUGAAACAACCCCGAGCAGGCCUGUCAUAAAUGGCAUGUUAAGGGACCCAUCUCAAAUUCCUGACAGAGUUCUUGCUAAUCAAGUCUAUCAGUGCACAGUGAACGACUGCUGUUAUGGACCGUUGGUAGACUGCAUCAAACAUGCCAUUGGACAGGAACGAGAAACUCUGCUUCGAGAAAAAUUACAGAGGAAACAAAUGUCCUUUUUAGAUGAAGAUCAGCUUCGUGGCAAAGGCUAUGACAAAACACCUGACAUAAUUUUAGAGGUGCCAGUUGCUGUUGAAGGUCAUGUGAUUCACUGGAUUGAAAGUAAAGCCUCAUUUGGAGAUGAAUGCAGUCACCAAUCCUAUCUACAGGAUCAAUUCUGGAGCUAUUGGAACAGCUUGUAUUUGUGCCACACGCUUCCUAAUGUAGUCCCGUCAGUUGAAGCUGUCACGUGAUGCAGAAAACGCCUUCAGCCUCCAUCAGCAUUACUGCAAGGCUUCAGCUCCAAUUUUCAUGUUAUUUUUCAUUCAGAUUAGACAAGCGUCUGAGUUUCUGUACGAUAUGAGCUGACAGGAUAGAUCCCGUUGAAUUUGCCGAAGGCCUGGUCACAGACACUCUGCUAUGUCAAAGAAUGUCAACCUCCAGACCUUACGAUUCAGAACUCUAUGUAAUUUUUAAUUGACAUUUACAUCUGACAUUUUGAAUGCAUUCUUCAUUGUUGAAAUCACGUUUCUUCAAGAACAGUUAAAGAAUGUUCCUUGAGGCUUCCUCCAGCGCAUCAUUUCAUAUAGACAUGAUGGCAGGUUAACUUUUGAAAGUAAAAGAUGACAUAAUCCUUUUCCCUUGAUUGGAUAGGUACUUUAUUUCCUCCAGUUCUCAGAACACUGGGCAUGAUACCUCCUUGAGUACUCAAGAGUGCCGACAAUGUUUACAAUUGAAAUUACAAUAUUGUGCAUGGUACUCAAUUUAUCUACCAUUGAAGGACUGAGUGAGCCCACUGUAAUAUCAAACCAUAACCUUCAGGUUCCAAUUUUGGUGCCUAACUGACUGAGUGUUGAAAUAUGUACAUUUCUUAUUUAAUGUUUAACUUGAAGCAAUGUCUGCCUUGUAUGAUUAUUAAUUUGUUUUAGUGCAGUGCUAUUGCAUAUGAAUUUUUUUAACAAUUGUUGUGGUAUGUUUCCCAUUGCCCUACCUUGCAAUAAACUCUUAUGUGGUCAUAAAAUGCAUCAUCUGCAAACACUUCUCUAUAACCUUAAUACACUCUGUUACUCCCAUUAAAAGACAGCAACUAGCACUUGUACAAGCCCUGUUCGUGUAGAAUGAUCGUCUCAAUACAAUUUACAAAAAGGAUAGGAAUCACGAAGAAUGGAGAAUUUGGAAAUAUUGAUCAAAAGCAUAGCCAAAGAAAUAUUUAAAGAGGUUUUAGAAGGCAUAGGAAGCAUAAAGCAAACAAAUUUUAAGAGAGAG